AUGAUUGAACAAAGUUUUCUUCAUAAUGAAAAUGAAGAAUUUGGAGAAUAACUCCUUGAAGAUUUCAUCAUCUUUCAAAAAUUAGGAGCAGGUGCUUUUAGCAAAGUAUAUAAGGUCUAAUAUCAGGAUUAGAUCUAUGCUUUGAAAGUAUAGUUCAAAUUUUUAUAGGUUGUUGAUAAAUAAAUGGCUACUGGAAAUAAUAUUGUAGAUAAGCUCAAUUAAGAAGCCUCUAUCUUAAGCACACUUGAACAUCCAAAUAUAGUUUAAUACUAUAAGACAAUUGAAUCUAAGAGAAAACUAUAUUUUCUAAUUGAAUAUAUUGAAGGUAAAUCACUUUAAGAAUCUAUUGAUUUAUCAUUGACUGAAUCUUAAAUUAGAUCAAUCAUAUAAUAAAUAAUAUAUGCUCUUGCAUAUAUACAUAAAAAAGGUAUAAUUCAUAGAGAUCUAAAACCUGGUAUUAACAUUUUUUUUAAAUAGAUAACAUUUUGAUUGAUAAAGAAUUGAAUGUUAAAAUAAUUGAUUUCGGGUUGAGUUUUUAAACAAUUAAAUCAACUUCCCAUGAAAAUUGUGGAACAUUAAUUUAUAUGGCACCAGAAGCAUUAAUGAGAAAAGAAUACUUCAAAUCAGUAGAUAUAUGGAGUCUUGGAAUUAUACAAUAUAUGAUGUUUACAAAUUCUCAUCCAUUCUGGGUAGAUGAUACAAGAGAAAGUUUUAUAAAGAAAAUGAAAAGUCCUUAAUAGGCAUGCUAUCCUUAAAAUAUGAGCAAGUUUAAAAUAGACAUAAUCAUAGAAUAGAGCGGCCAUAUCAUUUUUUGAAAAAACAGCUGCAUGGGAACCUGAAGCUCGACUUACUGCUGAAUAGGCAUUAAUACAUCCUUGGAUAAGUGGUAGUAAUAAUCAAAUGCCUAUGUCAUCAAAAGAUAUUAUUUAAACAUUUAAAUGUUAAAAUGAAUUCCAUCAAGUAAUAUAAUAUUUGAAUAAUUUAAGAUGAUAAAAAUGUUGAUGAUUCUUAAAUUAAUAUAAAAAUUAAGUCAAAAACGAGAUGCAAUAUAAGCAUAAACAUUAAGAGCUCAUUCAUAAUUUUAAAAUAGUCUAUAACCUUUAAUAAUAAAUUGUAGAAAUCCAAGUUCUUAAUAAAAAUUGAAGACAGAAUAAUAAUAACUUUAACCACCAUUAUCUGCUCAUAGAAGUACCUAAUCAAGAUUGCAAAAUAAUUCAUCUUUUCUAAGUUGUUAAGAUGUAUGAAUUUGUUAUAAUUAGUAACAAAGAGAAGAUUUAAGAUUAAAAUAGAAUAAGAGCAAAUAGCAAUAGUUUAAAUUACCUCCGAUAAACACAAAAUCUGCUAAUAAUUCACCUUAUAAUAAUAAAUCUCAGUAGAUUUUUACAUUUAGUCCAUAUAAGAGAUCACAAGCAACAGUGGAACUUAAGAAGUCAUAAUUUAAAUUAUGA